UCUUUCUUUUUUUUUUUUUCCUGCUUUGGAGGCCCUGGCUCAAGGCAAAUUAUAAGUAGGAAACCAAUUUGAAGGAAAGAAAUUCGAAAUGAGUUAAGGUAUCAGGUCGUGGGAGAGACGAGCAGCCCCAUCUGAAAUCUGCAUGCGCCUUUGACAAAAUCGGGUGCUUGUUUUAAAGGAAGGGGCUACUAGAUUUUUACCAACAGCGAGCACAGGUAGGAGAUGAAACAGGGACUCCCCAAAACAGGCCAUCAGAAGGAGGAAAAAUGAUGGGGAGCACAAUAUGUUCUUGGUAUUUUUAAUUUUUUAAAGCUUUUAAAUGAUUUCUUCAAGGCCAAAUAGCAGCAGCAACGGUGUCAUUUUAAUUGAUUAAGAGGGCUUUUGCUGACACCUAGAAUGAAAUUACUCUAUUACUAAUCAAUCAAGGAGGGACCCCACUAUGCCCCCAUUUAUAAUCCUUUCCCAGUUCCUUUCUGCUGGUCAUAAAACUAUGCUCAUCAAUCCCACCUAAAGCGGAAGGCAAGGAGCUCGGCCUUUUGUGGAAACAGGGGGUAUAACUGCCCUCCUCUUCUGCCUCCAACACGAAGGAGGACUCUUGGAAGCCAAGAAAGGUGGAAGAAGCCUGUGUGGAGAGAGCACGGCGCGCAGAGAGGAGCAGGAGCGGGUCCGAGGGAGGCGAGGGCAGGCCGAGAUGGGCUUGCUGCGGGGCCUCCUCCGGGCCAAGAACCUGCUGCUGGUCAUCUGCGUCCCGCUCCUGCUGCUGCCCCUGCCCGUCCUCCACCCCAGCAGCGAGGCUGCGUGUGCUUACGUGUUGAUCGUGACUGCUGUGUACUGGGUGUCUGAAGCGGUGCCUCUUGGAGCUGCAGCCCUGGUCCCUGCCUUCCUCUACCCCUUCUUCGGAGUUCUCCGAUCCAGUGAGGUGGCAGCCGAGUACUUCAAGAACACCACGCUGCUGCUGGUGGGGGUCAUCUGCGUGGCGGCCGCCGUGGAGAAAUGGAACCUGCACAAGCGUAUUGCCCUGCGCAUGGUCCUGAUGGCCGGAGCCAAGCCGGGCAUGCUGCUGCUCUGCUUCAUGUGCUGUACCACGCUGCUGUCCAUGUGGCUCUCCAACACCUCCACCACCGCCAUGGUCAUGCCCAUCGUGGAGGCCGUGCUGCAGGAGCUGGUCAGUGCUGAGGAGGAGCAGCUCGUGGCAGGCAACUCCAGCGCCGAAGAGGCCGAGCCCAUCAGUCUUGAUGUAAACAACAGCCAACCUUCGCUGGAACUCAUCUUUGUGAAUGAAGACCCUUCGACAGCAGACUUCACUUCCCUGGUGCACAACAAGAACAUGAAUGGAGUGCCCAUGAUCACCAACCCUCUCAAAACAGCAAACCAACGCCAGGGCAAGAAGCAGCACCCAUCCCAGGAAAAGCCACUGGUCCCAACUGCCAGCCCCAGGAACCGGGAGCUGAACAGAAAGUACAGGUCCCAGCAUGACCAGAUGAUCUGCAAGUGCCUUUCUUUGAGCAUAUCUUACGCUGCUACCAUUGGCGGCCUGACCACCAUCAUUGGCACCUCCACCAGCCUCAUCUUCCUGGAACACUUCAACAACCAGUAUCCAGCUGCAGAGGUGGUGAACUUCGGCACCUGGUUCCUCUUCAGCUUCCCUAUAGCCCUCAUCAUGCUGGUGGUCAGCUGGUUCUGGAUGCACUGGCUGUUCCUGGGCUGCAAUUUUAAAGAGACCUGCUCUCUGAGCAAGAAGAAGAAGACCAAAAGGGAAGAGUUGUCAGAGAAGAGGAUCCAAGAGGAAUAUGAAAAGCUGGGGGACAUUAGCUACCCUGAAAUGGUGACUGGAUUUUUCUUCAUCCUGAUGACCGUGCUAUGGUUUACAAGGGAGCCUGGCUUUGUCCCUGGCUGGGAUUCUUUCUUUGAAAAGAAAGGCUACCGCACCGAUGCCACGGUCUCUGUCUUCCUUGGCUUCCUCCUCUUCCUCAUUCCAGCGAAGAAGCCCUGCUUUGGGAAAAAGAAUGAUGGGGGAAACCGGGAGCCUUCCCUAGAGAUGGAGCCGAUCAUCACAUGGAAGGACUUCCAGAAGACCAUGCCCUGGGAGAUUGUCAUUCUGGUGGGAGGAGGCUAUGCUCUGGCUUCUGGUAGCAAGAGCUCUGGGCUAUCGGCACUGUCCCUGGUGAAAGCUGGCCUGGGGGUCAAUGUCAUUGGCCUGGUGAUAGUGAUGGUGGCCAUCAACACCUGGGGAGUUAGCCUCUUCCACCUGGACACUUUUCCAGCCUGGGCCAAGGUCAGUAAUAUCACUGACCAGGCCUAA